CCGGGCGCCCGGCGGGACAGAAGACAGCAAGCCGCCGCCCGGCUGCGAGUCGAUGGAGCAAGCGGAGCCCGCGCAACGCGGGCAGCAGUAAGCGGCGAAGCCGCGGGACCUCACAGACUCGCCAUGGAGGAAGAGAGUAUAAAGGAGGGGAGCGAGAAGCCUCGUGGAGCACGGACUGCAGACAAGGCUGGCUGGAUCAAGAAGAGCAGUGGGGGGCUUCUGGGUUUAUGGAAAGACCGCUACUUGCUUCUCUGCCAAGCCCAGCUGCUGGUCUACGAGAAUGAGGAUGAGCAGAAAUGUGUAGAGACGGUGGAACUUGGGAGCUAUGAGAAGUGCCAGGACCUCCGCGCUGUCCUGAAGCGGAAACACCGCUUUAUCCUGCUGCGAUCCCCAGGGAACAAGGUCAGUGACAUCAAAUUCCAGGCCCCCAGUGGGGAAGAAAAGGAAUCUUGGAUCAAAGCUCUCAAUGAAGGGAUCAACCGAGGCAAGAACAAGGCUUUUGAUGAGGUAAAAGUAGACAAGACCUGUGCCCUAGAACAUGUGACACGGAACCGGGUACGUGGGGGCCAGCGUCGACGGCCACCAACAAGAAUCCACUUAAAGGAGGUAGCCAGUGCGGCUUCUGAUGGGCUUUCACGGCUGGACCUCGAUGUCCCAGACAGCGGACCACCAGUGUUUGCUCCUCUCAGUGAUAUCAGUGAAGACCAGCCUCAGGAACCACCUCGGGCUCUCAUGCCUCCUGUCAAGCCUUCUCCAAUACCAGAGACCUCUGGAGCUGAGGACAGCAAGGAGACGCCUGCAGGAGAGAGAGCCCUAACUCCUUCCUCAGCAAGCUCUGAGGCCAAUCCUGAGAGCCAAGAGAAUGCAGAGACCCCAGCAAAGGAGGACAUUGACCUUAAGAGGCUCCCCAAUAGCACCUUGUCUGAGAAACUGAUGGUGAGCUGGGAGAACCCCAGCCCAGAGGAGCUUUCUGCUCCUGAGAGUGCACAGUUGUCCUCUUCGGAGACUCCAGAGGCUGCCCCCAGGGAGAGCAAAAAGCCCCCUGCACCCCCUCCCAAGAUCCUGUCAGAGAAGAUGAAGGCCUGUAUAAGUGGGGUGGAUGCUUCUGGUCCAUCCCAAAGUUCUGAGGCCCCUGAGACUACUUCCCCUGACCCAACACAGGUGUCUGUGAACGGUGUGGAUGAUGGCCCUGAAUCUGCCUUACAGGCCGUGGACACCCCUGGACCUGCCCCAGAGGAUGCGGCAGCAUCUCCGGCACUGCCCCGCUGGGACUUGCCAUCCCAGUUUCAUCCUCGCUCCUCCUCCCUUGGGGACCUACUCAGAGAAAGCCCUCAGCAUCCACGACCGCCCAAGGAAAAGUUGUAUCGGGCCCAGUUGGAAGUCCAGGUGGCUUCAAAACAGACAGAGGAACUGUUAAACCAGGUGCUGGGCAGCGAACCGCCACCUGUGUGUGCCGAGUCAUUGCUCAGCCAGGCUGUAGAGCAACUGAGGCAGGCUACCCAGGUCCUGCAGGAAAUGAGAGAUUUGGGAGAGCUGAACCAAGAAACCCCUGGGCUAGUGCAGAAACGGAAGGAGCUGGUGACCCUCUACAGGAGAAGUGCACCCUAAGCCUGCCAAGCCCCAGGCACAAACUCACCUACCCCCCCCCCCCAAUUACCCACAUCUGUCACUACCCAACCUUGCUAAGAAAUGAGCUACAGCUCAGGCUGUAGAUGCACACUUGGGUACAGCAAGUCUGGCCAAGACUUGAGGCUCCUGAUGUCCUUUCUAGUCUACCCAGGCCUGGGGCUACCUGUCUGGCUCCCUGUUCUAGCCUCCUCUCUAGGUUCUGGGCUUGGGAUGGAGCCUAGUCCUGUGGUCUUUGUGGUUGAUGCAAACUGCCCCGGGCUUUGCCACCCUGCUUACUUUCCAGGGUGGCACUGUCUCUGUUCUCACCCCCGACAGUUUACAUUCCUGACUUCCGGGUAGAGCAUAGCUGAGCUGCCUGAGGCUCCCAUCUUCUGGUCUUCAGGUGGAUUCCCGCCAGCGACACCCACUUAGGAGUAGCUGUAGGGGGUCUUGGGUCCAGGCUGUACUGAAAUGUGACAUCUAUCAGCUGAGUGGAAUGUGGCCUUUAGCUGGAGCCUGAAGAUGGGUAAGGGUCUGGGUGAAGGAGCUAUUUACUCUGGUUUGUUUCCCUCUCUGCAAACGGAGGGUCUUCUCCGCAGCAUCCCUACCUCUUUGGAGAGCUAGGAUUAGAUGCUCAGUUCUCAAGGCUUUCAAGGGGGAAGAGGAGCUCAGGCUCCCUGGUAGAGAGUCUCUGCUCCUGGGCCAGCUUCUGUCCAGCCUUGCACAUUCCUGAAGAUGAAAAACCCUAGAGUGGCCUGUGUUAACAGCUGAAAAACCUGUAUGAAAUUAUCGUUAAUCAACCUUUAGAGGCCCCGCCCCCACCCCUGCCUUCUGUGCCUCCCAGAUGGGAUUCAUCUGAGUCUCUGUGGUUCUUCCUGGGCUGGAACCGCUCUGAUAUCCACUCCUUUUCUUCACAUGCUGGAGUCUGUGACUACAAUCCACCUAUCAGGCCCCUGGUGGGCUGCCCGUCCUUAACUUCCUUCCUAGUGAGAAGAGUGUUUUCUGUCCUCCCUCUCCCUCCUCCCGUCUCCGUUGCCUCUGGCUCUCUGAGCUACCCUUGAGUGUCCAGCACACUGCCGCAGCCAGCAGGGCUGAGUCUGGAGCCUCGCUCGGGGAAAGGAGCGGUCACACAGGAUCUGCCCUGAGGGUUCUGCAUGUGCACUUUGUUUACUGGAAGAGGAGGGAGGGUGACAGCAACAUGACGGCCUUUCCGCUCACCCUGCCCCCAGCCGCCAGUUGUGCCCACCAAGGCCUGCCAACCAGUGCGGGUUGAUGCCUUCAUUAUUGUACUGUCCCUCUAGCUGUGGGUAGUGGGCAGGGGCAGAGUAAACGGCAGUGUUUUGGCUCACGAGUCCCCUCUUCCCCCACUGUCAGCCUCAAAUCACACUCCUUGGGCUCCGAUGCCUGCCUGCCUUUCCCUCCAUCUCCUGUACAAGAGCAAGAGUGUCCUCAGGUGUCCAGUCCUGAUCCCCUGCCAUCUUCCCUUGGGAACAAUCAUCCUUUACAGCAACAAGGGUGCUGUAUUCUGCCAGGUCACCUGCUUCCAGGAAUCAGAGCCCGUCAGUACUGUCCAGGGACUAGUCGGGCGAGUAGUGCUGGGAUCACUGCCGUAAUGGCCAAUGCCAUUGGUUCCCAUGCUGGUAGGGUGGAGUGGGGAUGGGGACUGCCCAUGACUGCCCCAUGGAAGGAGGUAUCCCGUGACUUCUGCUUACGAUCCAUCUUUCUUGAAAUUUGGCAAUAAAUUUCAUUUUAUGGAA